UGUCGCGUGCGCUACAACGGCAACACAUCGGCGCUUUUACCGGUCUGUCUGAUUUAAUUUCAGUUAUGACUACGGAUUCUUGUGGAGGAGGACAAGUUUUUCGAAAGUUUACCCAAUUCAACGGAAUAAUUCUGUAAAAUCACAUCUUGUGUCAUCGAUAAGUGUGUCUUAUUAACUUGGGGGUAAUCUUCAGAAGAUUAGCUACUGGACUGGGGAUGAAGCCAAAACUCGUCUCAGUUUUCCGUGUCUGCUCUGUCAGCUAGCUGGCUAACUAGCUAGCAAGGCUAUCCACCCUAGCUAACUAUUUCCGACUCCGCUAACGUUUGCUUUUUUUGUGAAGAGGGCCCAGCUUUACUAGCUAGCGUUACAUGUCUUUAGUUGCUUGUCUCGAUUAGAUUUUUAUUUUUUUUGCCACGAAAUAGCGUUAUUCAAGCGUUCAAGAGUUGGUUGAACACCAGUCGAUUAUUCACCCGAAGAGGCCGCUCCGGCUUGAUUACAAGUUGUUAGCACGUUAGCUAGCUUUAUUAUUUUUUUUAGAUUAUUUUUUUUAUAGCUAUAUCUGGGUAGUUGCCUGCAAACAGCCAAACUGCAGGGUUUUCGUAUUAGGCACAUUCAUCUCUACAUCCCGCUGCAAUACCCAUUUUAGAUUUAAGGGUUGUCUUUGCAGCAGUUUGAAACAUUUCAGUUUCGAGAUUAGAAAGAUUUGUUGCUGUUCAGGGCCCUGAAACUCAAUAUUAGCUUGCUAGUCUGCCUGAGUUGGGAGUGGCUAGAGGUUUGCAUUAGCUGGUUAGCGAGCUAGCUAACAAACAAGGUCAGAUGUUCUUAUAUCGCACCCGUCUAUAGUGCGUAGGAUAAACAAAACGUAAUGACACAAACUCUAUAGAAAAACAAUGUAUUAAUGACCUGUUAAACCACGGUCAGAUUGACAGCGGUUGUGUUUCAAUAGCCGUAUCAUCAGCAGGCGCAGGGAUCGGAAACCCCGCACUGGUCAAAUAGUUUGUAUAAACUACCAAUCUGGAUUUAUCCGUUGCUGUGCUAAAGAUUGGGUGCCACACUAGCCUGCUCAAUAUAGCUUAUUUCCCUGUACAUUUUGAUGGACGUGAUUAGAUAUUUUCUAGACGGCUACUAUUGUUAUCGUCAUGCGAUUCUGGCUAGUCAGAGAUCUGACCUGUACAUAGUCGUGUUGAAUAACAUUCAGUGGACGUAAUGUAGCUCUGUGGAAAGAUAGCCCAAAAAUCUUUUUUUUUUUUUUUUUGAUUUACCAGAGUGUUGGUUACGUUUCUCGUUGAAAAACGUAAAAAAUGAAUAUAAUGUUUGAUAGCUAGUUCGUGCUUUAACUCAAAAUAGAAUAGCCAGCCAGCGGAAUAGCUAGGCUAAAUUGAAUUAACAGCCGAUGAUUGAAGACUUAGAAAGUUGUCAUUCUGGAUCAAGAAACCUUGUCUUUAGUCUCUGGUUGGAGUAACACUCCCAAGCCAUCAUCAAUGCCUUCAGCGCUGGCCGUUUUCUCCUGCCGUCCGAAUUCACACCCUUUUCAGGAACGUCAUGUCUACCUGGACGAGCCAGUCAAGAUCGGGCGCUCUGUGGCACGAUGCCGACCGGCUCAGAACAACGCUACGUUCGACUGCAAGGUUCUGUCACGGAACCAUGCCCUCCUCUGGUUCGAUCACAAGACUGGCAAGUUCUACCUCCAGGAUACAAAAAGCAGUAACGGGACGUUCAUCAACAGCCAGCGUCUGAGCCGGGGGUCCGAGGAAAGCCCCCCCUGCGAGGUCCUCUCUGGCGACACCAUCCAGUUUGGGGUUGACGUCACAGAGAACACGCGCAAAGUCACUCAUGGCUGCAUAGUGUCUACAAUCAAGCUGUUUCUACCUGACGGCAUGGAGGCUCGACGACGAUCAGAUGUCAUCCAAGCACCGUUACCACUUCCUGUUGAUAAGGUUGCAGCCAACACCCCCAGUAUGUACUCUCAGGAACUCUUCCAGCUCUCCCAGUAUCUGCAGGAGGCCCUACACAGGGAGCAGAUGUUGGAACAGAAGUUGGCAACGCUGCAACGCCUACUGGCCACCACACAGGAGGCUUCAGAGAGCAGCUGGCAGGCGUUGAUAGAUGAGGACCGGCUUCUCUCCAGACUAGAGGUGAUGGGCAACCAGCUACAGUCCUACUCUAAAAACCAAACCGAGGACGGGAUGCGUAACGAGCUGGUAGCCUUGCAGGAAGACAAACACAACUAUGAGACCACGGCCAAAGAGUCCCUGAGGAAGGUCCUACAAGAGAAGAUCGAGGUGGUCAGGAAGCUGUCAGAGGUCGAGAGAUCUCUGAGUAACACGGAGGAUGAGUGUACUCACCUGAAGGAGAUGAACGAGAGGAACCAGGAGGAGCUCAGAGAACUGGCUAAUAAAUACAACGGGGCCAUCAACGAGAUCAAGGACCUCACUGACAAGAUAAAGCUGGCAGAGGGUCGUCAGGAGGAAUUGACUCAGAGGGGUCAGAUGGAGAAGAAGGAACUGCAGCUUUGUAUUGAUGAGCUGGAGGAGAAGGAACAGGCUCUACAGGCCCGUAUCGAGGCCUUACAGGCUGAUAACGACUUCACUAACGAACGCCUCACUGCCCUGCAAGUUCGGUUAGAACAGCUUCAGGAGAAAAGCAUAAAGGACAACAACAGUUUAGGAGAUCCACCAGGAGACAAUGACGUAGACGUUGACAUCGACCUGAACCAACAGGAAGCCGUGAAACAGUUGAAAGAAGCAGUGGGCUCGUCGUUGCACAAGCUGGCCAACUUUGACGAGGUCAUAGAUGCCCACCUGCAGAACAACCAGACCGCGGAAGGAGACAGCCUUACCAGUCCGGACAGACUCAAAGAGAGGAAAAGGGUGGGAGGGAACAGCAGAGAUGCAACAAAUGUAGAAAACCUAGUGGAUGCUAAGGAGUCGGACAUGUCAGAUACACUAAGUCCCAGCAAAGAUCGCAGCAGUGACGACACGUCAGACGGAAACAUGGAUGAUCAUGAGCUGAACGAGCCACAGAACAGGGUCGCCCUGCUCAAAGAUGAGCUCAGUCGCGCCAACCUGGAGCCCGGGGACACAGAGCAGGUGAUUAACCACCUCCACAGAGAGCUGCUGGAGGCCCAGGACUUGGCCAACACAGGCAAGCAGAAGUGUCUGGAGCUCCAGGCCUUACUGGAGGAGGAGAGGAGGAGUAACAGGCAGCAGACUGAGGAGUCAGCCAAGCAGAUCCAGUACCUACAGAGUCAGUUGGGGAAGCUAGCGGUAGACAUGGAGGAGCUGAAGGAGCAGAGAGAGAGCAGCAUCAGCAGCACACAGGAGGAGCUGUACUCUGCUCAGGAGGAGGUGCUAGUUCUCCACCACGCCAUGGAGGCCGCCACGGCCGAGAGGGAGCGAGACAUCGCCGCCCUGCAGAGGGACCUGGGAGGUGUCACGACCGAGCUGGAGAAGUGGCGUCAGGCUGCGUCGAAAUACGAACAGGAGAUCAACUCCCUGCAGGCCACCUUCCAACAGCAGAGCCUGCACCAGCAGAGAGCCCUCGAGCUACAAGGAGAGUUGGAGCGUCUUCAGAGGGGCUGUUCCAGUCUGCAGCAGGAGUGUGAGUGUCUCCGUUCUGAGAAGACGACCCUGGUGAACAGACUACACGGACUGGAGACGGACCUGGACAGUUCCAGGGAGCAGACUGCCAGUCUGAACAGCAGUCUUCAGUUACUGGAGAAGUCCCAGGGAGAGAUGCAGAGUAGACUGGGCUCACUGCAGGACAAACACCUCCAGGACGCUAACAAGCUGCAGUCACAGCUAACCCAGGCUGCUAGCAGGACACAGAGCCUGCAGAGAGAGUAUGAGGACACCCAGACCUUGCUAUCCGACCUGCGGCAGCGUUAUGACAGGACAGAGCAGGAGAAACGCUCCAUCAACGAGGAGCUGGAACAGUGUAAAUUCAACCUCAAACUGCUGCAGGACAAGGGCAAGAAUAUUGGUUGGAGCCCCUGGAUACCAGUGGUAGCAGUGAUGGUAGCAGUAACAGCAGUGGUGCUUUACCACAACUCCAAGAGCACCUCGACCUGAGGAGGCAGCGACCUAUAUAACCACACCUCCUGUACCACCUCUACCUGUCUACCAGGCCUGCCCUGGCCUCCAUUGUUCCCUCAACACCCCAACCUCCUGCCCACAUUGCCCUCUCUCAACACCCCAACCUCCUGCCCACCUUGCCCUCUCUCAACACCCCAACCUCCUGCCCACCUUGCCCUCUCUCAACACCCCAACCUCCUGCCCACCUUGCCCUCUCUCAACACCCCAACCUCCUGCCCACCUUGCCCUCUCUCAACACCCCAACCUCCUGCCCACCUUGCCCUCUCUCAACACCCCAACCUCCCGCCCACCUUGCCCUCUCUCAACACCCCAACCUCCUGCCCACCUUGCCCUCUCUCAACACCCCAACCUCCCGCCCUUAUAGCCUCCUGAUCGAUCCUCCAGGGCUGCUACCCCUUUGUCUCCUUGAUUGAUAGAUGUAUUAAUUAAUUAAUUGAUUACCUCCCGUCUGGUCUAGUAGUUCCCCCACAUAAAGGCCCUCUGCUUUAAACUGUACAAAGUCAAACUGUGUAUAUAUAUAUAUAGAGAGAGAGAGAGAGAGCGAGAGGAAAGAUGAAUACAAUUAGUAAUUUCUACCAUAGAUUAAAUACUAUAUCAGCCGUUAUUGUUUUCUGUAAUCAGUUGGAUGAUGGGAAUUUUGGUCAUUGUAUUAUUAUCAUUAAAGUGGCCUAAACUAGGCUUUGUUUUAGUUCUGAUGGGUACCAAACCUUUCUUAAUUUCUUUGGGCUCCAGGUUGUUUUAGAGGAGUUGACUUCCUGUGUGUUUGGUUUACCAUGUUGGGUUGUUCAUGUGCUAUUACAAAUAUGAGUUUAAUAUUGAAGCCAAAAUCAUCAAAGUGAUCAUUUGUUAGGUUACAUCCCUAAUGGUCGAACCAGCAUACUUAUCCCUGUAUGUUGCCCUGGGCAAAGGUACUGCACUAUAUAGGGAAUAGGGUGCUGUGUUGGGAACGUCCAGCCUUCAUGAGGCACGAGGGGUUGUUAAGUGCCUAAUUGAAACUAACAGGGGAGUCGGAUUGAACUUUCUAGAAGCCAUUUCUAAACAGUUAUCGAAACGCAUCUGGUGUUGUGUAGGUAACUGGGUUUAUAUGUAUCUCUGCUGAACUAAAAAUAAUAAUAAUAACUAUGGACAAAAUAUUCAUCAUGUUUAAAACAACACUACAGAACUUGUUAUUCGGAUGUGAUUACUAGAUGAGUUUUGGUAACUUUGGAGAUAUGUUGACUUGAACACAGUUUAUUUGGCCUCUGGUUUUAGCCACAAGAAGACAUUAAUGGCACAACCCCUUCAGUUGAUCAUGUUGUUAAAGGCUGUAGUGGACUGGACCAGUAAGUAGUCUGUCUGUCUCUAAACUCUAGCCUGCUAACUCUGGGUUCUUGGCCCAUGUGCAGAUGGUAACCUACCCAGGGCAAACUCCGAACCUGAUACGGUAUGACGUGAUUAAUCUGUUGUAAAAAAAAAAUACAAAUAAAACGUUUAAUAUGGGCUAUGAUGGGACCAGAGUUUUUCCAUCGGGUCAAAUGGGUUGAAGAACAACUCCUGGCCUUGGGAGUAUGAAAAUCUGUCAAACUGUAGCAACCUUGUAGUUGUUUGUAUUAAUUAUAUUUUAAAGAAGGGGGGGGGGGGGUUCCUACUGUGUACACAGAGAAGGCAACAUGAUUGGACGAUAAAACACACACAGGGCUGAGCUUGCUAUAUGCAGGUUUGCAUCGUGUGGUCUUUCCCUAUGCAACUGUAGGCGUAAUGAAAAUGUACCUCAGUCUUGUCAGCUUUGGUUUAUAUUGAUUCAUUCCAGUCUAGGUAGCCUAGUCAGCCCAAGUUUGAUCCCAUUCACAUGUUCUCAGAAACAAAACAGGCUAUAAAUACAGAAUGUUACUGCAUCAUCUACCCUGGCCAGAUGGACUGGGCACAGUAGGCUAGACUGCAGCUGUCCGUAACCAACAGUUGAUCAGACUGAGAUCGCUAAUGUCAGAUCGCUGAUGUUUAGGUGUUUAGGCUACUACAUUUAUGGAAGUGUUUUUGUUUUUUUGCUUGUGUCUGUCGAGAGUGAUGUGUUAUCAUGCUUGCUAAAUAAAUACUGGAGGAAAGUGGAAAGCACACCUUGAGCUUUGUGCCUGGCCUGCACUUCCUGCGAUUUCCGUGAAUCUGAUUGGUCAAGACACGCAAAGAGCCUGCAGCAGCACUCCGAUGUGAAGGACAGACAUUUUGUUUUGUACAAUUUGACAAAUCGUGAGACAAAUCGGUCUUAAAAAUUUUAUCAAACUAUAUCCAAAGUGGUGUUAAGAGUAAAAUGUGGUGCCUCACCUGAUUUGAAAAGGAUGUGCCCUCAUGUUUACCCAUGUCUAUGGUUCUAGUCCCAGACCCUGCCUAUAUGGUUCUAGUCCCUCUGUAUUUUAUGGGUUCUAGCCCAAACCCUGCCCAUGUCUAUGGUUCUAGUCCCAGACCCUGCCCAUAUGGUUCUAGUCCCUCUGUAUUUUAUGGGUUCUAGUCCCAAACCCUGCCCAUGUCUAUGGUUCUAGUCCCAGACCCUGCCCAUGUCUAUGGUUCUAGUCCCAGACCCUGCCCAUGUCUAUGGUUCUAGGCCCUCUCUACUUUAUGGGUUCUAGUCCCCAGGCCCAAGCGCACAGUAUGUUUUGGGUUCUAGUCCCCAGACUGUUCUCUGUACUUUAUGGGUUCUAGUCCCCAGACUGUUCUCUGUACUUUAUGGGUUCUAGUCCCAUACCAGAAUGUAAAUGGAUGUAUUCCCAGCCAGCCAGAAAGACCUCUGUACCACAGAUCACUACUCCAAAGUCACCUGAGGAUGAAUCUGCUGCCUUACCUGUCUGUGACAUGGAGUUCCCCGUUUCUCACCUCCAGACUGAAUCUGGAGCAGAAAGCUAUGAACAUGUCAGACUGGUUGGUUUGGCAUUAUUUGUUAUCCUACCACUAAGCACAGUGAUGUUCACUACCAGUCCAGUGUAGUUUAUAAAGAGGUUGAAAGGUCCGAGGUUAACCUGGGCGUUGUGUUUUGAGACUGGAUCAAUGUGAAUCAGGGAAACAAUCAACAUGAAGAAAGAAGGAAAGUUUUAAGGGUUUACUUUUGUGUGUGUUUGAUGCCUAGUCUGGUUAAAACAGACAGAAUGCUGGCAUCACCAUUAAGCUCCCCGAUUCAGUGUGGCUAUACCAGGAUCAUACAGAGUUUACUGGCUUUGCAAUGCAGCUAUUCAUCCUAUUUCACUGUGUCAAUACAUGUCAAUGCUUCAACGCCCCCUGAUUUAAACCCUAUCCUGUGACGACACCACCUGAGCACAGGACCUGGACCAUACAGGAGACACCAGGAAGGAGGAGGUUAAAAUCAGUCCAGCCAGCCAGCGGGACACCUUGAACUACAACCGUGUUACUCACACAUCACACAGUGACAUCACACAGUGACUGUGUUUCACAUCACAAGGCCUCGCAUCGAUCAUCAUCUGAAGGACACAAUAACAAUUCCCCUUUUUCACGCUUUCCAAAUGUGAUGUUUAUCGCUAGAAUGUGUAAAAUAAGAAUGCAGUCUCAUGUCACCUACAAGUAUGUGUUUUGGAUACACAGUGAGCUCCAAAAAGCAGUGGAACACUUUUUGUUGUUUUGGUUCUGUACUCCGGCACUUAAGAUUUUAAAUGAUACAACGACUAUGAGGUCAAAGUGCAGACUGUGAGCUUUAAUAUGAGGGUAUUGUCAUCCAUAUCGGGUGAACCGUUUAGACGUUACAGCACUUUUUCUACAUAUCCCUCAUUUUAGGGGACCAGAAGUAUUGGGAAAAUUUCACUGUGUAUUAAAGUAGUCAACUUUAGGUUUUGGUCCCAUAUUCAUAGCAGAUACUGAUUACAUCCAGCUUGUGACUCUACACACUCAUUGGAUGCAUUUCCUGUUUUGUUUUGGUUGUGUUUCAGAUUAUUUUGUGCCCAAUAGAAAUGAAUGGUAAAUAGCGUGUCAUUGGAGUCACUUUUAUUGUAAAUUGGAAUAUCAUUUCUUUCUACAUACUAAUACAUUCAUGUGGACGCUACCAUGAUUUAGGAUAAUCCUGAAUUAAUUCUGAAUGAGAGAAAUGUUGAGGCACAAAUAUAGCCCCAAGACAUUCUAACCUCUCAACGAACCGCAAAUUCAUCCAUCCGGUAUGUAGCAUCACCAGCUUGAUGUCGUCGUUGCCUGCUAGGAAUAUGGGACCAAAUACUACCUUCUGACUACGUUAAUACACACAAGUGAGAUUGUCCCAAUACUUUUAUUCCCCCCUUUUAGGGGACCACGUCCAAAAAGUGAAGUCAUUUCUGUUAAGCUGAAUUAAAUGAAAAUACCCUCAAAUUAAAGCUGACAGUCUACACUUUGACCUCAGUCAUUGUAUCUUUUCAAAGUGUGCUGCUGGAGUUUGAGCCAAAACAACAAAAUGUGUGACCGCUUUUUUUUUUUUUGUGGUUCACUGUGUGUUUGUGUAAAUAUGCAUUCUCGAGAACACAAAAUAAAAGUUGAUACUAAGUGAUAUUGGUCACAUCAUCCAA